AUGCAUCGACUCGCAAGAACAAGAGGCAUCACUGCCAGCGCCGGCCGCACCUCGACCCGUCUCUCGUCCUCCCUUUCUCCCUCGUCCACAUCCGCCACGCCCAGAAUGGCCUCCAAGGCGACCGCUGCGAGGCGGUUAGCUGCCACGGCACAACACAUCCGCCCCAUGAGCGACCUCGCAUCGACGGCCACGAACUAUCCCUCCACCCACGAGAGGAUCUCUCAGCCCCAAGAUACGCCGUACUUCGUCGACAAUGCCUUUGUCGAGAGCAAGGCUGACAAGUUCAUGGAGCUGCAUGAUCCCGCCACCAACAAUCUCGUCACGCGCGUGCCCCAGAUGACCGACUCCGAGCUCCAGUCCGCCGUCGACAGCGCCAAGAAGGCGUUUCCCGCCUGGCGGAAUACCAGCGUCCUGGCCCGGCAGCAGAUCAUGUUCAAGUUCGUCGGCCUGAUCCGCGAGAACUGGGACCGUCUGGCUGCCAGCAUCACCCUCGAGCAGGGCAAGACCUUUGCGGAUGCCAAGGGUGAUGUGCUGAGAGGACUGCAGGUUGCGGAAGCAGCGUGCGGUGCACCGGAGCUCCUGAAGGGUGAGGUUCUGGAGGUGGCGAAGGACAUGGAGACGAGGAGUUACAAGGAACCUCUGGGCGUCGUUGCUGCUAUUUGCCCAUUCAACUUCCCUGCCAUGAUUCCCCUCUGGUGUAUCCCCAUCGCGACGGUGACCGGUAACACGAUGAUUCUGAAGCCCUCCGAGAGGGAUCCGGGUGCUGCCAUGAUCCUCGUCGAAUUGGCGAAGAAGGCUGGUUUUCCAGAUGGUGUUAUCAAUGUCGUACAUGGCGCCCACCGAACCGUCGACUUCAUCCUCGAUGACCCGGACAUCAAGGCUAUCAGCUUUGUUGGUGGGAAUAAGGCCGGCGAGUACAUCUACAGCAGAGGCUCUGCGAAUGGAAAGAGAGUACAAGCCAACCUGGGUGCCAAGAACCAUGCUGCCGUGCUGCCCGACUGCAACAAAAACCACUUCAUCAACUCGGUAGUGGGUGCGGCUUUCGGUGCUGCUGGACAACGAUGUAUGGCGCUGAGCACGCUGGUCAUGGUCGGCGAGACCAAGGAGUGGCUUUCGGAGCUGGCCGAGAGCGCAAAGAAACUUCAGGUCAACGGUGGCUUUGAAGAGGGUGCUGAUCUUGGUCCGGUCAUUUCGCCACAGAGCAAGGAGAGGAUCGAGAGCUUGAUUGCCAGUGCCGAGGAGGAGGGCGCAACGAUCCUGCUGGAUGGUCGCGGCUUUACGCCUGAGAAGUACCCGGGUGGCAACUGGAUUGCCCCGACCAUUAUCACCAACGUCACACCGGAAAUGAAGUGUUACAAGGAGGAGGUGUUUGGCCCAGUCUUGGUCUGCCUGAACGUCGACACGCUUGGUGAGGCGAUUGAGUUGAUAAACAACAACGACUAUGGAAACGGCGUGGCCAUCUUCACCAGGUCAGGACCCACGGCGGAGUCGUUCAGGAGAAACAUCGAGGCCGGUCAGGUCGGAAUCAACGUGCCCAUCCCGGUGCCCCUGCCCAUGUUCUCGUUCACGGGUAACAAGAAGAGUAUCGCGGGCGGAGGUGCAAGCACCUUUUACGGGCGACCGGGCAUCAGCUUCUUCACACAACAGAAGACUGUCACGGCCAUGUGGGCGAGUGCGGAUGCCAUCUCGACCAAGGCGGAUGUCGCUAUGCCUACGCAUAACUAG